UGUGACCCGACAGAUCCUGGAUAGAAGCAUGAAAACAGCAGCUUGUUGUUUGGUGAUGUGACACCGUUUUAAUCUCACGAACAACAUCAGAGACGAGAGAUGGAGGAGAAGCUGCCUGAAGAUCUGGCGAGUCUCUCCGAGCUGGAAGAGAAAAGUUUGCUGGAGGUUUUGACUGGACGCUUCACACACGACCUCAUCUAUACCUAUGUAGGGGACAUCUUGGUGGCUAUUAACCCGUUUAAAUAUCUGUCAAUUUAUGAAAAAGAGGUGUCUGAGCAGUACAAGUGCCAUGAGAAGAAGUCUUUGCCUCCUCAUAUAUUUGCUGUGGCGGACCGGGCGUAUCAGUCCAUGAUGGGACGUCUGGCCACGGGACCCAGGAACCAGUGUAUCGUGAUCAGCGGUGAGAGCGGCGCGGGGAAAACUGAGAGCACAAAACUGCUGCUGAAACACAUCAUGGAGCUGUGCAAGGCCAACUCACAGCUGGAGCAGCAGAUCCUGCAGGUGAAUCCACUUCUGGAGGCCUUUGGAAACGCUCAGACGGUCAUGAAUGACAACAGCAGUCGCUUCGGGAAAUACAUCCAGCUCCGCUUCCAGAACUCUUCAGUAAAAGGGGCCAAAAUCAACGAGUACCUCCUGGAGAAAUCCCGUGUGGUUCAUCAGGAUGAGGGUGAGCAGAACUUCCAUAUAUUCUACUUCAUGUUAGCCGGCAUCUCGACGGAGGAUAAAGAGAUAUACGGCCUCCUGGACCCGACACACUACCGUUAUUUGAAUGGGAGAUUUGGGAAGGAAGACGUGGUUCAAGCCUGGCGUCUGAAAUAUGCUGAAGUGUUUAACGCCAUGGACAUGGUAGGAUUUGAGGAGCAGGAAAAGGUGGACAUGAUGACGAUUCUAGCUGGCAUUCUGUCUUUGGGGAACAUCGCUUUCGAAACGACAGACAGUGACGCUCUGAAGGUGUCCGAGGAAUCACGUGGAUGGUUAAAAGCUACUGCGGGUCAGUUUGGCGUUCAGGAAGAGGAUUUACUGAAGAGUUUGACCUGCACUACAUCAGUGACACGAGGAGAAUCCAUCCAGAGACUCCACAACCAGCAGCAGGCUGAAGACGCCAGAGACUCCAUCGCUAAAGUGGCCUACGGCCGCGUGUUCGGAUGGAUCGUCAGUAAAAUCAACGAGCUGCUCGCUCCUAAAGUAGACUGUGACGUGGAGCUCAGUGAAAUAGGAAUCCUUGACAUUUUUGGCUUUGAAAACUUCGCUGUGAACCGAUUCGAGCAGCUCUGCAUUAAUCUGGCUAACGAACAGCUCCAGUAUUUCUUCAACCAUCACAUUUUUCUGAUGGAGCAGAAGGAAUAUAAAGAGGAAGGCAUCACAUGGGAGACCAUAACCUACAAGGACAACAAACCCAUUCUGGACCUGUUCCUCACUAAACCCAUCGGGAUUCUCUCUCUGCUGGAUGAGCAGAGCGCCUUCCCUCAGGCCACUGACCGUGAUUUUGUCGACAAGUUAAACAGCAAAUUUAAAACGGCUCCCAGCUUUGAGGUUGUGCGAAGCCACACGCCUGUGUUCACGAUUGUGCACUACGCUGGGAAGGUGCAGUACAAUGCAAGUGGAUUUCUUGAGAAAAACAGAGACACGAUUCCAGCAAACAUUCGCGAGCUCUUCAUCAACAGCGUCACUCCUCUCCUCAGCGUUCUGUUCGCAGCCACAAUAUCCCGAACAGGAACACUAAUGCCACGGAAAGCCAAGUUAAAAGUUGCAGAUGACAACUUUAACUCGACCAGGAAGCAGUCCGUCGGCGCACAGUUCAAGCAUUCUCUGGCUGUCCUCAUGGAGAAGAUGUUUGCGGCCGGUCCACACUUUGUUCGGUGCAUCAAACCCAACCGAAGCAAGCAGCCCGAUCAGCUGGACAGUAAACUGAUCAUGGAUCAGCUGAGAUACAAUGGUCUGAUGGAAACCAUCCGAAUCCGGCGGGACGGUUUCUCGUGGCGUCCGAAGUUCAGGGAGUUUGCCGAGAGGUACAACAUUGUGCUGCUGAAACCAGAUCUCCCGCUGGACAAAAACAGUUGCAUGUCGAUCCUGAACAGCACUGGACUCUCUGGUUGGAAGUGUGGGUCGUCCCGCUUGUUUUUUAAGUACUGGCACCAGGAGCAGUUGUCUCGUCUGCUGGAGAGACUGGGACGAGCGGCGCUUGUCAUUCAGAAGAAUUACCGAGCGAGGAUCUGUCGGAGGAGGUAUCUGUCUCUGCUGGAGGAGAUCCAGAGACAGCGUCAGGCUCAGCGUGAGGAAGAGGAAGAGGAGGAGAGGAGGAGACAGCAGCUGGAGGACGAGAGGAAGAGGCGUCUGGAGCUGGAGCAGGAGAACCGGCGACCAGUGCCUCUGCCGAGGAGGAAGAUGCCGGAGCCCAAGCCGCGCUCGGUGCUGAGCAGCGUCCUGAAAGCAGCUCUUCUGACGCCUGUGCCUCGGCCUCGCAGCAAGCUGACUGAGGCGACUCCGUGUGAUAACGAGCUGAAUGCUUCUCUGAUGCUUCAGCCGAUCGAUGAAGAGCGAAUGAAAGAGAAACACCUGAAGAAGACCAACACCAUCCGCUGGUUCAAAGAGACGCAGGAGCGAAAGCUGACCAGAGAUGGAGGUUUCCCAAACUGGUUCCACGGCAUGAUCUCACGCAGACGAGCAGAAGAUCUCCUGAUCCACAAACCUCUCGGCUGCUUCUUGGUGCGCGUGGGUCAGAGUCGGGAAGGUUACACACUGAGCUACAGGGGAUCUGAUCGCUGCCGUCACUAUAUGGUGGAGAUGCAGAGCAAUGGGAAGUAUGUGAUCCUCGGGGAGGAUCGAGCUCAUUCCUCUCUCACAGAUCUGGUCCAGUAUCACACUCAGGUGGUCAUCCAGCCCUUCAUGGAGCUGCUGACGGUGCCCUGCGGUCAGAUGUGUGAUCAGGAGCCAGACUACGAGGAGCUCAAAGCUUGUUCAUCAUCAUCAUCGUCGUAUGCUGUGAAGCGUCCCACUGAGGAUCAGGACAUGGACACAGGUUCACAUAAAGUGCACUUAGAGAUGCAGAGGCUCUUCCUGCCGGCGGGAGGAAGCUCUCAUAAACCAGCGGAGCUCAAGCGCGUCUCUGACCGCUGCAGACGAGUCGAAGCCGCUCCGAUGGAGCACAAGGACGAGGAUCCGACCGGAGAGAGGAGACCGUUCCCACGACUCUAUCCCUCCAUACGACUGGCCAUGAGAGAAAUCCAGCAGAUCCAGCAGCACUCCCAGCAGAUCCCAGAUCAGAUCCCAGUGUCCUCGAGGAAGCGGACGGAUGCAUGACACUGUGGAGAUUUUGAUGCUGCUAUCCAUGGUUUUAUUUGAGAUUUUUAGGUGUAUUUAAUUGUGAAAUGGUAGUUUUGUCCUGGUGAAAACUACACAGAGAUUUGACUGAUGUUUAACUUAAUGGAGUUGUAAUCUGAUGUAUUUGUAUUUAAUGUAAAUGAUGUUUUAGGUGAUUGAAUAAAGGCUUUUAUUCGAUA